UUCUGUUAACUGGCGUCUCAGACUGGUUUGGAUGCGUGUGUCUCCAGAAGUCACAUCACAGUGAAAGAACGCAGGGCUCGUUGUGCCAUAGACGGAGAGAGAUCGCUUCAGAGGUGUGCCACACAAACAACACGUCAACGCACAAAUACAGAGAGGGAGGAAGAGAGAGAGAGAGAGAGAGUUGUAAGCAGCGGCACAUCGGUGAGAAGAGGGAAGCAGGCGCGCGGCACGGGGACCCGCCGGAAGAAGCAGCUGCAGCAGCUUGAGCGCGAGCUGGACGCAGACCGACAAAAACACCGGCAGCACGAGCGACACCGCGGCGGCCAGCGGGGCGAAGAGGAGAAGGAGGCGGCACCUGUACCGCGACUCGUCCUCCCCCGCCGCCUCCGUCGCGUCUCUCUCUCCCCUCUCCUCACCCCUCGUUCCUCCUCUCGGACCGCCGCCGCUUCCUCGUUAAGAUGGCUGACCCCAACAGCGAAGGAGAGGUGCCGGAGAGCGCGCGCGGCUUUGCCCGUCAGGGAGCCCUCCGUCAGAAGAAUGUGCACGAGGUGAAGAACCACAAGUUCAUCGCGCGCUUCUUCAAGCAGCCAACCUUCUGCAGCCACUGCACGGACUUCAUCUGGGGCUUUGGGAAGCAGGGAUUCCAGUGCCAAGUGUGCUGUUUUGUGGUCCAUAAGCGCUGUCAUGAAUUUGUCACCUUCUCCUGUCCGGGGGCCGACAAAGGACCUGCCUCCGAUGAUCCUCGUAGUAAACACAAGUUUAGGGUCCACACUUACUCAAGCCCCACCUUCUGUGACCACUGUGGCUCCCUCCUGUACGGGCUGAUACACCAGGGAAUGAAAUGUGACCACUGUAUGAUGAACAUCCACAAGCGAUGUGUCGCCAACGUCCCGAGCCUGUGCGGGACGGAUCACACGGAAAGGCGAGGACGCAUCCACAUCUCUGCGCAGAUCACUGACGACACUCUCACCGUCACCAUCAAAGAGGCUAAGAACCUGGUGCCCAUGGAUCCCAACGGCCUGUCAGACCCCUACGUCAAGCUCAAGCUGAUUCCCGAUCCCAAGAGUGAGAGCAAGCAGAAGACAAAGACCAUCAAAUGCUCCCUCAACCCCACGUGGAACGAGACCUUCACUUUCAACCUCAAAGAAUCUGACAAGGACCGCCGUCUGUCAGUAGAGGUCUGGGACUGGGAUUUGACCAGCAGGAAUGACUUCAUGGGAUCACUGUCCUUUGGGAUCUCAGAGCUACAGAAACAAGGGAUAGAUGGAUGGUUUAAGAUGCUGUCCCAGGAGGAAGGAGAAUACUUUAAUGUUCCUGUCCAGCCAGAUGGAGAGGACGGUAAUGAGGAGCUACGGCAAAAGUUUGAGAGAGCGAGAGUGGGUCCAGGGAAGCCCACUGACUCCUCUUCUUCCUCCUCGGUGUGCAAGUACGACAGCAACGGCAAUCAGGACCGCGUCAAGCUCUCAGAUUUCAACUUCAUCAUGGUUCUGGGCAAGGGCAGCUUCGGCAAGGUGAUGCUGGCUGAGAGGAAAGGCACAGAUGAGUUGUACGCCAUCAAAAUCCUGAAAAAAGACGUGGUGAUCCAAGACGAUGACGUGGAGUGCACCAUGGUGGAGAAGAGAGUCCUCGCUCUGUCAGGAAAACCACCUUUCCUCACUCAGCUGCACUCAUGCUUCCAAACCAUGGACCGAUUGUAUUUUGUCAUGGAGUAUAUUAAUGGAGGAGACCUUAUGUACCAUAUCCAACAGGUCGGCAAGUUUAAGGAGCCUCAUGCUGUGUUCUAUGCUGCUGAGAUUGCCAUCGGCCUGUUCUUCCUUCAUUCCAAGGGCAUUGUGUAUCGGGAUCUGAAGCUGGACAAUGUGAUGCUGGACUCUGAGGGCCAUAUAAAGAUUGCAGAUUUUGGAAUGUGUAAAGAAAACAUGCUUGAUGGCAUUACCACAAAGACUUUUUGUGGAACUCCAGACUACAUCGCUCCAGAGAUCAUAGCCUAUCAGCCUUAUGGGAAGUCUGUGGACUGGUGGGCUUUUGGAGUCCUGCUUUAUGAAAUGCUUGCUGGACAGCCGCCUUUCGAUGGUGAAGAUGAAGAUGAGCUUUUCCAGUCCAUCAUGGAGCAUCACGUCUCAUACCCUAAAUCCAUGUCCAAAGAAGCAGUUGCUAUCUGCAAGGGGCUGAUGACCAAACACCCGGCUAAGCGUCUGGGCUGCGGCCCAGAAGGUGAGAGAGACAUCAAGGAGCACGCCUUCUUCCGCUACAUAGACUGGGAAAAACUGGAGAAUAAGGAAGUCCAGCCGCCUUUCAAACCGAAAGCUAAAACACGCAGAGACGUCUGCAACUUCGACAAGGAGUUUACAAAGAUGGUGGUGGAGCUGACGCCAACAGACAAGCUCUUCAUCAUGAACCUUGACCAGAACGAGUUUCAAGGCUUCUCCUACACCAACCCAGAAUUCAUCAUACAAGUCUGAUGACUUCCGGCUGGUUAGAGGCCGGACUUUACUCCAGCUUGUACAGCCCAGCCACAUUUCAUUAAAGACCCAUCCAGCAUCAGAUCAGGACUCAGAGCCGCGCCGUCUUCAGUCUCGACCCACACCAGCAUCUAAACUGGGCAAUCAUAAACCGUCACAUUAGCUCCACAAACACACAGACAGCAGUGUGAAACAAAGCCCGCUGGUUGCCAGUUUCCAGAAAACUCCAGGUGGUUAGCAUUCCCAGUACCUCACAGUGAGCCGGUCAGUACGAAGAGCGGUGAUCAAGAGUCACAGUGAAUGUGCUAAUAGUGUGUAUGUGCUCUAUUGAUCACCAACAAGAGUGUCUGUUUACUUGAUUUUCUUCUCUUCAGCCUGUGGAAGUUGCAUCAUGAGCCUGCAAUGAUCAAUAUGUACAUGCUCACUCACACACACGUGUGUCUGUGCAGGCUGCGGUUUGGAGCAAGGUUGGUUUUGAAUUCAAAAAGCUCUGAUUUAUAACCUCAUGUCUAAGUUAGUCCUGAACUUAGUCUUAAGCACGUUUCGUCUUCCAAAUUGAUGCAAAAAGAAAAAUUAAAAAAGGAAAAAAAAAGACCCCCCACCCCAAAUGCCUGUUUCGGCAGAGAUAUUUAAAGACGUCUUUCUCUAGCUUAAUCUCUUUCUCUAUGGCACUGUGUACGUAUG